AUGGCUGAACAGGCGAAGACUGAUUCGUCACCAUACACUAUGAUGCGUCACCUCACUCGCGCUUCUUCUCCCUUUGAGAGGCAUGGUUUCAUCUAUGUCCCUCGACCUCUCGAAACCGAUGGCCUCUUACAUUUCAAACCGAGUGAGGGAUAUGCUCGUGUGAUUUCCGAGAUCAAUCGGCUUCGCUUCGACGAUGAUCAUGGUUACCUCGUCAAGUCAAUCAACCGGCUGUGUGCACUCCACGCCGCCGACCGAGGCUGCCGUGCUUACCAAACAGGUUUCGAGUGCCCUGAAGAUCUGGUUCCCAAAAUGGCCCAAGUUGAGCAGCUUUUAGAGUCCGAAGGUCUAAAUAAAGAGAAUGAUGAUCAUUUUCGAGGCAUCGUGGAUAUGUGCCACUUCUUUCACCUUGCCCCAUUAAUCAAAAAAGAUUUGGAUCAGCUCCCGGAUAGUGCAGAGAAAGAACUUUUGUUGCGUCUUUAUUCCGAAAUCUGUCCCGGCGGACACAUACAGCGCCGACCUCACGCAUAG